CUCUCAUGCGAUUUCGCAAUUUCCCGUCCCUCGCAAAACGCUCCUCCUCCCACCAUCUCCAUCUCCCUCUCCCAUCCCCCCCAGACCCUAACCCUAACCCUAACCCUAACCCUAAGUCCUCUCACCAUCCCCUUCUCUCCUACCCCGGCCUCUUCGAGCUCCUCAUCCGCUCCCCGGGCUCCCUCCCCCUCACCUUCGGUCGCCGCCUCCACGCCGUCCUCACCGUCUCCGGCGCCCUCCCCGACCCCUUCCUCGCCGCCAAGCUCGCCGCAUUCUACUCCAGCUCCGGCGACCUCAGCUCCGCGGCCGCCCUCCUCCGCCGGAACCCUAACCCCACCGCCCUCCUCUUCAACGCCCUCAUCCGCGGCCACGCCCUCUUCGGCUCCCCCCUCGAGGCCCUCUCCCUCCUCCGCUGCAUGCUCGCGCGCGGCCUCUCCCCAGACCACUUCACCUUCCCCUUUGCCCUCAAGUGCUCCGCCGAUCUCCCGUCGCUCCCCCUCGGCCGCUCGAUCCACUCCCAAUGCCUACGAUCCGGCCUCCAGAUGGAUCUCUACGCCGGUAGCUCGUUGAUCAAUUUGUACGUGAAGUGCGGUGAGAUUCGCGAUGCCCGUCGCAUGUUCGAUGAAAUGCAUGUUAGAGAUGCCUCAUCCUGGAAUGCAAUGAUUGCUGGGUACAUGAACGCCGGGUCCUUCGACCUUGCCCAGCAACUGUUCGAUGAAAUGCCCAAUAGAAAUAUUGUCUCUUGGACUUCAAUGAUUUCGGGCUAUGCACAGAAUGGGCUUGCGGACCGUGCGUUGGUUUUGUUCGACAAGAUGAGGAGGGAUGACUCCGAGGUGAAGCCCAAUUGGGUGACGCUGGUGAGCGUGCUUCCUGCGUGUGCUCAUUCCGCCGCCCUUGAGAAGGGGGAGAGUAUUCACAGUUACGCCGCUGCGUUGGGGUUCGACUUGCACCCAACUGUUCAGAUUGCGCUGAUUACAAUGUAUGCAAAGUGCGGGAGCCUCGCGAAAGCUCGAAACUGCUUUGAUCGAAUUCGCAAGAACCACAAAGGUUUAGUUUCGUAUAAUGCCAUGAUUGCGGCUUAUGCUUCUCACGGGCGCGGAAUCGACGCCACAUCGUUAUUUGAGGAGAUGAUCAGAUUGGGAAUUUGGCCUGAUUCGAUCACGUUUACUGGUUUGCUUUCUGGAUGCAGCCAUUCCGGGCUACUUGAUCAAGGGCUCUCAUACUUCGACUCUAUGAGAACAGUGUACAAAGUGGAACCAAGGUCCGAGCAUUAUGCUUGUGUUGUAGAUCUUUUGGGUCGGGUGGGGCGGUUAGUUCAAGCCAUGAAUUUAAUCAAUUCGAUGGAGAUCGAAGCCAGUCCAAGUGUGUGGGGUGCGCUUCUCUCAGCUUGUCGGACUUAUAAAAAUCUGGAGAUCGCAGAGGUUGCGGCAAAGAAACUGUUCAUAUUGGAGCCCGAGAAUUGUGGGAACUAUGUAGUGCUCUCCAACAUGUAUGCGGAGGCCGGAAGGUGGGAGGAGUUGAAUAAACUGAGAGCUUAUUUGAAGAACACUGGUUUUAGAAAGAGCCCUGGGUGCAGUUGGACUGAGAUCAAUAAGAAACUCCACGUAUUCUUCGGUGGCGACAAGUCUCAUCCACAAGCAAACGAGAUCUAUAUGCUGUUGAAAGAUUUUCCGAAUAAGAUUAAGCCCGCGGGGUAUGUUCCCGACACUAGUUUUGCUCUACAUGAUGUUAGCGAGGAAGAGAAGGAAUGUAACUUAAUUAUGCAUAGCGAGAAGCUUGCGGUUGCAUUUGGGCUUCUGAAUACGACUCCCGGUAAGGUUUUAAGAGUGACGAAAAACCUUCGCAUAUGUGGAGAUUGUCAUAUGGCCAUGAAAUUCAUUUCGAAGAUCUAUGAGAGGGAGAUUAUCGUGAGAGACGUGAAUCGGUUUCACCAUUUCAGAGAUGGGCUGUGUUCCUGUGGUGAGUACUGGUGACUAAAUACGGAGAUGAAUACUUGAGAGUAAUUCGAAUCGGAGGAAGAACAUGCUGGCGUUAAACAUCUUAAUUUACUGUUUGAUUAAUUGCGGUAAUGCGGGGGAGGAGCUGCACAAGAGCUUACAAUUGGACUCUGAUAAACCAUAGAUGAAUGAUGGAACAUGUUUGAAAAGUUUCUCUGCAAUGAAAAGCAACAGAUUGGCGGUUAGCAAACUAAAUAUUUGGAACUUUUGCAAAAAGUGAAAUGAGUACAAGCAUCAACUUCUGCAGAAGCAAAAUGCUAUGGAGAGGAAUUUUUGAUGAAAAAGCUGUUGACGCUUUUUAUGUAGCUCUACUCAGACGAACUUCUCCAGAUAUCGUUCGCAUCAGGAUAGCACAAGUAUGAAUGAUUUUUGGUUUCUUUUUUUUUUAAUGGCACAUUUUCUUACGCAGAAUGAGA